AUGUCGGGCACCCUCGACAUGUCCCUCGACGACAUAAUCAAAUCAAGCAAGAAGACUACCGACGACGGACGCGAGCGGAGCCGUGAGGCUGGCGGGCCGUCCCGUCGCGCGCCCAACCGAACGGCUAACCGAUCCGCCCCUUACUCCUCCGGGAAGGCUCCCGACUCGGUGUGGCAGCACGACAUGUACUCGACGGCGCAAGCAAGCGGUUUUCCUGCUCCGACGACGAGGGCUUCCUCCAUAGAGACCGGCACCAAGCUGUAUAUCUCGAAUUUGGAAUUCGGAGUGUCAAACGAGGACAUCAAGGAGGAAGAGGAAGCGGCCUUGUGGAGCGAGGCUAAUGGAAUGAGGCCUGCAACAUUUAGAACUUCCAUGGUAUCACUCUCGUGA